AGUAUCGGUCACAAACUCGGUGAAGUCGUUUCAUAACGUGGUUCACGCUCACGACUCACACGACCGUGUGACCGCGUUACUCUUAGGCGCUGGUUUGACUUACUUGGCGCUUGUUCGUAAAUUGGAAGAGAUUACACUGGACGUUCCAGCUGCUUCAAGCAAGUAUUAAUUAAACUUUUAAGUGACAGUGUGUCCCAACUAUCAUGACAAUGUGUGUGAUGAGCAGUGGUGGUGAAUAAGCAUCUGAGAGUGUCCGAGUUCCCGCUUACUUGUGAUGUGUCCUUUUUGUGUAGAGAGAGCAUGAGCAAUCAUGAAGUUUCGAGGUGUGCUAGCGUACGCCAUAGCAAAGCGGCAUCAAAGUGAUCGUGCAGUGAGCCACUGAGCCAGUGACGGGCUCGAGAAACGUCAGAAAAAAAACACACACACACACACAAUAUGGCCGCGACGUCAGAAGUGACGUCCUGCGGUCCUGGGAGACCUCCUCCAGCGCCCUUACUACAGCGGACAUCGAGACAUCGGGGGAGAUCAUGUCAGAACCGUUGGAUGCAGCUAGGUGUUGUUUGGGUGGCGUUCCUGCUAGCGUUGCUCACCGUUGGACAGUUUGGCAGUGUGCAGGGCGAGAAAACGAAGACAUAUUACAUGGAAUCGAUCUGUAAAAAUCAUUUUCUACAGUUACUUUAUAGAAAAAUAGAUGGUGCUACCCUUCUGUCGAGGAACGAGAGAAACCUAAACUGUGUGGUCACGUUUCAAACGCACUCCAUACUGCAGAGAUUUAUGUUACGUUUCGAUAUGCUACAACUAGACUGUAAUGAUCAUUUGUAUGUAUAUGACGGUGCACACGCUGUUGGUACGCAUAAGGCGGACCUGACCUGUAAGGACACAAAACAAUCAGUGGGAGCGUUGUUCACCAAGACGAACUUUCUCACCUUCAAGUACGUGACCGACAACUGGGGCACGGAGACAAACGGUUUCAAGAUGGUCAUAACAUCCGUGAAAGAUUCAAAGCUUAACUGUGCCGACUUCCGGUGUGCGUUGCAGGACUUCUGCAUACAUCAGGAUCUCCGGUGCGACGGUGUUAACCACUGCCCGGACGGGUCGGAUGAGGCCGUCGGCCCGAACUGCCCAGGCCCCGAUCAGUACAUCAACACGAUCUUCGGUAUCGAUCUGACGUGGGUCAUACUGAUCGGUGUGGCCAGUCUGGUCGUUUGCGGAUGCAUCGUCGGCAUCACGAUCUGUGUGUACGUGCGCAAUGCACGCAACACACCCAACCAGCUAAACUCUUCGAUACAGUUGAACCAGAUGAUCGAAUCGAAUGGUUCAUCGAAGCAUCUACAAGGAACUCUGCCGCGGGAAACAACAACAAUACCUGCUUCGGGAAACUUGCAUCACCCUGCGGGACCAUUAGGGUACCUCCGCAUUCCACACAAAUUGAUGGCCAAAGUCCGUCCCAUUUGGUGCCUGGCAAAUUAAGACAAUUAGGUCCGGAUUUAUCGCAACAAACCUCACAGAAAGACGAGUGGUUUGUCUGAUGAGCGUACGACAGACAGAAUGACAGCACGAAUGAAUGAUACUAGCAAGCGAACGGAACGGAAGGUGAGAACGCGAACGUGACAGCGAGCGAGCGAGCGAGCGAAUGAAACAUAGGCGAGGAACAAACGAGCGAAAAGGAUUCAAGAGAUACAACAACAACAAAAAAACAACAAAACGUUACCAAUCCGAUCCGAUCGAUGCUGGUGAGGUGAUUAGUACACCCGGCGACGCCACAAACGUCACUCGGGGCGGAAAGGUCAGACCAACAUCAUCGCGCUCGACUUCACGGCAUGGAUCGACGUCGGCUAGUAGCGGGAAGACAGCGUGACACAUUGAGUAUAAAAUGAUGAAGAGAAAUUGGUCCGAAAAUAUAGUAUGCAACACAACCGAGCGCGCUAUGGGACAGUUUUCGUGCGAGCGCGGCACGAGUGACGACUUGUAAAAAUGCUUCAAUUUUUGAAGGAAUCACGCCAUUGCCAUCGACACGCUGCACAAGCCAUUCGCCAUCGUUAAACUGACCGCCGGCAGUUGCUGCGACCUAGUGCUGCCAUGCAGCAGAGAUCACACCCAUACUGUGAGGAAAAGUCGCGCCCAGUGACAACGGGGGUUCUUGCCCGGUCCUGUUGCAUAUUACUUGUUCGACCACGUAACACAUAACGACUACUACUACUAGUACAACAAAAAACAAACACAGCUACACCACAACAAACAAUCAAGCCUCAGAUAGUACUGCAGCCCCCGCCCACCAGUUCCAAAGACUGUAUCUUUCGCAAAAGGAAAUCCUUUGGAAAAUGGAGUGCAGCAAUCUACCAACACCAGCAUCCACCACCAAUCACCGAUAAUAAUAACAACCACAGCUACUACCACUACUGCUACUACUACUACUAGUACACCAUUACCAUCAUCACCACCGAAACACGACUGAAUUCGGAAUAUCGACGCAAAACAUCUCUUACAGAACAUCAUUCAUUCAAAGAACGACGCAAACAAAAAUCACGCUAAUUGGAGAACAAAUUUUUCGGCACUAUAUGAAGACUGUCUGGUUGGUCAUCAAAAACCGCGCAGGGUGUAUAUUGAAAAAAGGGAGUAAACAGUGUACCCAAAACAAACAAACAAACAAAGCAACAACAGCGAGCAACACGAACAACACGUUGACCGAAACGAACAACAUCACAGCUGUGAAGCAGCAGGAGAUCAACAGCACGAACUCUAGCAAUUAAUGAAAACAAUUAUACCACAUAAUGAAUAUUAUGGUAAAUAUAAAAGAAAACUAAAGUAAACAAAAGAAAAAAAAGCAAACGAACGCAAAAGAAAUCAACCUUAUCAUAGUAAAACAACAAAAAAAAAGAUAUAGAAAUCGGUAGAAACUAAUUUAAAAAAAGGGAGAAGAAACCAAAAGUCGAAUAUGUAAUAAAACCAUAGCAAGAAACGUAGCGUUAGUAAAAGAAGAUAUUAAAGACAAGAGAAAAAAACUAAACUCGACAACGGAACGGAAAAUUACGGCAAGCAAAGGAGGAAGAGAGAGAGAGAGAGAGUGGGGAGGAGAAAGUGAGAAGAAAAUUAUCCAAUUUUUAAUGUUAAUCGUGUACAGCUCUGCGGAGAUGAAAAGCUUAGCUUAAUAAUUAUUGUAAUGUCAUAGAAAGCCUCACCGAACUGCUUUGUCUCCGAUGUACCGUUUUUCGGUUCAAUUCAACGCCUCGUUUGAUAGAUUUUUCUUCUCAUUUCCCGGUAGGAAAACAGAUAGUGCGCUAGUUACAUCCGUUUUACCUAGCGAGCUGCGUUUAUUGAGCGUACGACUACACGUCACACGUCAGCAUCCUUACGUCAAACGUGUUAAGGAUGUCAUCCUCUUCGUUAUUGGCUCUACAGCAUCCUCUACUAGCAGGCCGUAAUUUGGCAAUUACGGAGACGUUCAGUGUACAUUAUUGACGGUGAGUCGUUUGCCAGUGGCACGAAAUUAUAGGCAGCAGUGUGUAGAAAAAUCCUUAACCUAAUUUAGCGAGACCUAUAGCUAUACACCGAACGUAUCAUAGUUCAAGACGUCUAACCCCAAGAAAAACACACUCACACACACACAACUAACCAUCAUAAUAGAGUAAUUUGUUGUGGAUGAUUGACUAAAUCCACAGGCGGCUAAUCAUCUGCCACUACUUUCCGUUUAACAGAUAUAGCCAGUAAAUCUACCAGUCAGGGAAGGUUCAAACACCAGAUCUGUUCCAUAAAGAAAUGCAGCAUUUAUCUUCCAUCGAUCAGUAUUUGCAUCUUCAUACCUUACUCCAAAGCCAACAGUGUGCCGUGAUAAGGAUUCCAUGUCGCACAACCCCUAGAGAGAAACCAUUUUUGCUACUAGGCACACCUAUCAGCUCUGGUAUGGGUCUAGCGCUUCGACCUACGCCCAUAAACUCAUACCUUGUAGGCGCUAUAAUUUUGCGAGAAAUAUUUUGCCAGGCGCCGUCUACUGCUACCACUACUACUACUACUACCGAUUGUCAAAGUGACAGAUGACUGAAACACAAAACAAUACGAUGGGCACUAAGGUUAACGUGUGCGCAUAUUAGAAUAUCCUACAGCAAAAGCAAAGUAAAAACAGGGACAUCAGAUAAUAUCUCGAACUCAUCAUCACCCAUCGCUUACGCUUGGAAUAGUCUACUCAAAAUGAGAGCAAGUGCAAGUGUCCCCUGUUUUAGAGGACGCUCCAACUAAAACCAUUGUACCACCACCGCCACUCAAUGCAACACCUGCACGGACACGGAAAUCAUUGGAGCACUGUUUCAUACUCAUACUCGAUCGUAGAACCCUAAACCUUAGUAGCUUUGUGAAAAUCGUGAGCGCGCGCGUGCGUUUGUAUGUGGAGAUGAUUAGUAACCGGACUUGAGUACCGGACCGGGAGUAACCGAUACUUGACAGAUGGCAAAAUACAAUCAUUAGCUAAUGCGCACGUCGCACGGUGAUGUGACGUUGGCUUUAGUUGCGAUUUCGCAAGGAACCAUUUUUGGCCAUUUAGGAUGGCAGCGUAGCGCGGUAGCAAGGGUUUUUGAUUUAAUUUAAUCUUAGGCUCCCUAUCCCUUCUCUUCCCUGCCUCCCUUCCUCCCUCCCUCUGCCCCACACGUACUCGCUCUGGCCCUUUUGGGGAUCAAGAUUGAUCGGAAGUUUUGCCGUUUUUAGAAUUUUUACACAAAGGAAAACAUUCGGCAGCGCAUCACCAGGACUUCACUAGGUCUGACUGGUUCUACACGGCGUAUGGCUGUUGGAUCUCCCCCCCGUUUUCAUCUUUUCCCCCGGGCGAGGCCCAAUCUUCCGUGUUGAAGGUUUGAGACCACCAAGGUCUUAGGUUUUGUUUCCGCAAUCGCUUGCAGCUUUCUAAGGCUAGACCAUUAUUCCAGGUACGCAGCACUCACACAGAAACUAGAACAAUAACGCAAGAUUACGCUACAUACUUAUUAGAUAUAGUGAGAGGAAGAAAGUGCGAAAGAUAUUGAGUGGCGGUUGAAAAAUGUACUUAAAGGGUAUGUUUUUGGCUAUCCGGCAACGGUUACACACCCGGGCCGUGUUCGGAAGCAGCGAAACAGCAUACUUUUACUAGCCCUAAACAGUAGACAAAGCAAAACCGUAAAACAAUUAAACUUAAAUAGUAGAAAACCUCUAACGCGAACGCAUAGAACUCUAAAUCCUUUCCUUAGGUCCUCCGCUCCUGUUCCCUUGGCUAAGCCCCGACUCUCCACAAUCCCAUUCCAAGUUGAGUCGAAAAAGUGUCGAUUGUAUAUGAUUAGAGCCAAGGUGGCAUCCGGGCGGAAGUGAAUGUAUGUCUCUUGGCAAACACAGCUGAAGUACGAUCCUUGCAGAGAGCCUUCGAGAUGCUCAAACCUUUUUGUCGCAAUUAAUAGAGGAUGUAUUAGGAAUCUGUUUGGUACACAACGGAACACCGGUUAGGACCCGUGCUAUAGGUGAUCCAGGUUUUAACUUUACUUACUUUCAUUUCCCUGAAGAUAAAGAUGGUCGUAUGGAUGUGUGGAUGUACCGUGUGUGUAUGUGGCGGAUGUACGAAGUUUCUGCAUGUCCUUGUGUGCGUGUGUGUGUAUGUGUGUAUGUACGUGACUGUAUGUGUACAGUGUGUAUUUGCGGUAUAAGCUAUGUGUUUUCCUAGGUUUUUGUCCCAUUUUAAUCUUCACCGGAGGAGUAAAAUGGCGUCUAGUAGGCCCAACACACUGGUGUUGAUAAAAUUAAGUAUCUGUGCGUAUUGAGGACUAAUAUCUGCCGUAAAUCGAAAAAGUUAGUGGAACAAUCAGAUGGCAUCAGAUCGUCGCUAACAUGUUCUAGCCAUUCAGCCAACAAUGUCUAUUGCAAAACUUGCACAUCGGAUCUGCUUUAUCCUUCGCGUCUGUCCAAACACGGCAGCAGGAUCUGUACUCCAGUUGUUACAGACAUGUUCAACCUCUAAGAACACAAACAAGGAACCAAAUCGGAAUUACCACACCUGACCCAAAAACCAAACCCGGGAAUCUUAUCGCCAACGAACCUUUCAAUUCUCUGAGACAAUAGUAAUCUUUAAAGGUUAGGCGAGAGCUCGUGGAGUCUGACCACUCAAAUGAACCUUUUCCAUUUUCUCAACCGCGCCACCGAAGUUCAUGCUCCAUGUGGAACCAAAAACAAACUCGAACUUAGUAGUUAAAGCAAACUGCUCCAACCGACAUUAAGAGCAAACUAAGAGCAAAAUUAUAUCCAGUAUUUCAGACCACAGUGUACGAGAGAGAGAGAGUUGAAGAAGAGGAGCGAAAAGAAGCGGUCUCCGUAGAUCCUAAUCCAAAAAACUCCACUAUAUCAGUAAUUUAUUCCCACAUAUCGGAAAACAGGAUUACAAUUAAACACAAAAAGCAAAUCUAAACCAUCAUGGGCACGUUAUAUCAUGGCAGGAGAAGCACGAACUGGACCAUGUCAUGUCCGACAUAUCCGAUGUCACGGACCUGGGGGGGGGGGGGUGGUGGGCGAAGAAAAACGUCUAUUUAAAACCCAUGCAACCAACACAAAAAGAAACACUAAAUCAAGCGAUAAACACGCUCACAAGCUAAAUGCAAUUCGGGAGCAUUAUUUGCUGGAUAGUAAUGUUUUUUUGACUUUUUUUCUUAUCUUUUUCUGUGUAUCAGUUGGCUACUUCUACAAAGACUGCGAGAGAGAGAGAGAUGGAGAGGAAAGUUGUUUUCAUUGAAUUGCUUUAAGUUUGAUCAUUUGAUUGGAGAUUAGGGAAAAGGAACAAGUUUUAUUAGCGCAAAAGAAAACCACACAACUACACUUACACUCCGAUUGUACAUAAUUUUAUACAACUCCAACGAUACAUAUGAUUAAAUCUAAACUAUAUAUACAUACUAACAUAGAUACCUAUAUCAAAAUAGAGAAAUUAUCAGAUUCAUACAUUAUGUCCAUCGGAGGAUCGGAAGUGGCACUACGAAAUCGCGAUAGUCCGGACCGCAUCGUUUACAUCCCUGUUGUUUUAUAAGGCAUGAGUUGAUUGGUUCAGGAUGAUGGAGUAGAGAAAUCCUUAGAGUUUCGUGAGACACGCACCCCCCCUAUAAUGAAUCCGAAAUUUAGCUAAACGCCACCACUUAAAAUACUACACUCAUAUUGAAGUACGGUCAAACGCCCGUUCCCCAUUGCGCGAAAUUAAGUCUUAGCCGGAGAAAUAUACAAUCACACGAACAAAAACCAAUGAAAAGAACCCCCUUCUUUCCCUUCUUUACCCCCAGUAACAUAGUUAAGCAACAGCACCGUCAGCAGUAGAAACAAGACGAAAAUGCCAAGUGUUUGGAGAUGGAUAUCCACAGCAACAACCAAACCCUCUCCACUGGGAGUGAAGCGACGUGUCAAGUAAGACAUCCGAAUAACACAAACUCUACUCGUAACUCUAUCGAAAUAAACCAUCUGUAAACAUUGUCCGUGUGUGUAUGGUAACAUUAACAAAUGGAAACAAAAUUGUAAGCAACAGCAAAAGUAAACCAAAAAAAGAAAAACAAACACAUUUGACAAGGAAAGCCCAAAUUCUAUUUAAAAGCAAAAUAGUAUAUUUUAUCGGCACGCGUAACGACAGCGAGUACGAGCGCCAAGAAAGUUGGAGACAACGGAAGCAUGAAAAAACAGAAUGCCGCCAUUUAACUGAUUGGAAGAUGUCGGAUCUGGCUUGAAGAGGCUAGGGACCGGGAUUAUCAAACCGGAACGCAGAAAUUGCAGCUCUUGGCCAAUUAUACAGGACAGGAAUCGGAAAGCUACCAAAACUUGACAAGGAAUCCGUAGAUAACCUGAAGCUGAAGGACUCGCUAGGCGAUGAGUUUGGAAGGGAAACACACAGGACAGGACAGGACAGGAAGCUAAGGACACCUGCCUCGUGGGGGGGUGUUGUGGGGUUCCGCCGGUAGUGCGGUUUGUGUGAGCUACCGUAGCAUGUAAGUCUAUAGAGCAAUUUUCGAAAUUGAUACGAGAGUCGAGCGGCAGAGACCAGUAAAAGACGGAACGAAACAAAUGAACGGCAAAAAAACGGAAAAAUAAAUAUUGACAUAUAAAGCGAA